AUGCUAUCUCACACUGCCUCAUGCUACCUCAUACUGCCUUAUGCUGCCUCAUACUGCCUCUCACUGCCUUAUGCUGCUCUUAUUGUCUCAUGUUACCUUAUACUGCCUUAUGCUCCUCAUGCUGCUUCAUAUUGCCUCUCGCUACCUCUUACUGUCUCAUGCUGCCUCAUAUUGCCCUAUUUUGCUCAUGCUGCCUCAUACUGCUUCUCGCUAUCUCUUACUGCCUCAUACUGCCUUAUGAUGCUCAUGCUGCCUCUCGCUACCUCUUACUACCUCAUACUGCCCCUAUGCUGCCUCAUGCUGCCUCAUACUGCCCUAUCUUGCUCAUGCUGCCUCAUACUGCCUUUCGUUACCUCUUACUGCCUCACGCUACCUCAUACUACCUCAUACUGCCCCUAUGCUACCUCAUACUGCCUCAUGCUACCCUAUACUCCUCUUAUUGCCUCAUACUGCCCUAUCUUGCUCAUGCUACUUCAUGCUACCUCAUACUGCCUCAUGCUACCCUAUACUCCUCUUAUUGCCUCAUGCUGA